UGUCAGAUGUAAACAAAGCAGCAAUGGCAACCCUCCGAUCCGGCAAGCAAGUUGGCGGCAGCGAUGGCGGUGGCGGCGGCAGUGGUGGUGAGGUGGACGGCAGGGACAGAGGGGCAGUACAGGCUGUGGACAUCAAGGAGAAGAGGAACACACGGACAAGCAAGGUGUUAUUCGGCAGUCUGAUCCUGGACCUGCUCGGCUUGAAGGUGGUGCUGCCCGUGUCUCCUGCUCUCCUCGACUGUUACUCCAAGCACAACACCAGCGGCUUGUAUUCCUCUCAGCUCUCCUGUGUGACUUAUUACCAGCAUAUCAUCGGUUUCGCUGCGAGGUUCCAUUCUGUCUUGUUUGGCACUGAUUGGCGUGACAUUCAGCAUAGGCUUCACCGUCGGGCACACUGUGGGGGCUGCGUUCUCCCGCUGGGGAAGUACUGGGUGGUUCGCGGCCUCGGCUGUCUACGCACGCACUCUCACUGUGGCUAACAUAAUAUUCUUUGCUGUCUUCUUCCAGGAAUCGCUGCCUGAGGGCAGAAGGAGGAGGGACAUCGGUGCCAGUUUGACCGAGGCUUGGGAGGUGAUCAAUCCUAGGGCUCUGUUCUCCGUCAGCUGUGUCAAGGGCCUGGGCAGAGAAGCCUGGAGUUAACGCUGAUCUUCGCGACCCACCACAAGCAUAGUUACGACUCGUUGGCGCAGGACCGCAAGUUUUCCUUCCUGGGCCUGGUCAUGGCAAUUACACAGAGAGGGUUUAUGCGAAGUGUUAAGACUGGAACUGAAAAAGCAACUGCCAAUUAGGCACACACCUACAUUGUGAUGCAGCUCCUUGGAGGUGGAGAGCUGGCUGCCUCAGAGGAUCAGGAAACACGAGAGGUUCACAGAGGCUCGCCUCGGGCUUCCGUCGUCGUGAGGAACCUGGUGUCAGCAGUUCACUACGUGCACAGGAAAAGCAUCAGUGUUCACGGAGACCUAAAGCCAGACAGGGGUGAAAAGGGUUGGUGUUGAGGAUAGACAGAAAAGAAAAGAAAGGAAAGGUAAAAAAAGGAAUUUUUUUUGCAUUGAUUUUCCAUCUGCUUAUUUUAAAGAAUUUAUUGCAUGGAAUAUUAUUGAUCUCCAUCAUUUGUAUGGCCUUUAUAAUAAAAAGUAUGAAUUUA